UCAAGUUCAGCAAGAAGUUUAGAUUUGUCAUUAUUAUUUACUAUUUCUACUUAACUAUUGCUAUUUCCAAAUUAAUACGACGAAAACAAGAAAUAAUCAUGAACUGCUUCGAGAACGUGACUGUGCCGAAUUGCGUGUGGUUUGAAGGAGGAGAAAGGCGCAAUAUUUUUGCGUCGAUGGUUGCAGGUUUUCUGUUCUUUACAGGAUGGUGGUUUAUAAUUGACUCAGCAUCUAAGUACCCGAGUGAUCUACCAAAUGCAGCACAUGUCUGCGGAGUGAUGGCUACCAUAUCUUUGGUCAUGAUUAACUCUGUUUCAAAUGCACAGGUGCGAGGAGAGACAUACACCGGGGGCUGUAUGGGGCCGCGCGGCGCCAGGCUCUGGCUUUUCAUGGGCUUCGUUGUGGGCUUCGCAUCACUCAUCGCCGCCUGCUGGAUACUGUUUGCCAAUUAUGUUAACUCUGGUAAAACAGGCUCAGAUACGACUAAAAACACCUGGGCCGGGGUGAGCCUGUUCCUCCAAAACGCGUUCAUCUUCGCCGGCUCGCUGGUCUUCAAGUUCGGCCGCGCCGAGGACCUGUGGGGCUAAACCUAGCAAGUAACCAUGAUAUCUUAAGUCCGCUAAUAAGUAUGUGUGCCUUUAGAAUAUGAAUACCGUAAAAUGGGGUGACACGCAAUGACUUUGACCAUUUUUCAAAGAUAUGUAAAAAUACCUUUUAUAUCUACUAUUUUGUAGCCCAGAUUAAUAUUUAUAUAUAUAAAAAUAAAACAUCGAAACAUCAUAGCUAACUUACUUUAGCAAUUACCGGCGACGCUCUCAUAUCACCUCUGGAGGCCCCUUUAUAGGCUAUGGUGACCUUUCUAUCAGGCGGGUUGUAUGCCAUGAUUUUAACUACUGUCGUUACAAGGAUCAAGCUAAGGGCCUAAAUGUAUCUACAACUUGUUAAAACUCUGUCAAAAUCUUUCCUCAGGUCACCCUAUUCUAUGCUACAAAGUUAUGGUUAUGUUGGCUUCAAAUUGAUAUUUACUUAUAGCGAAUUGCCUGAAGGCAAAGAAAUCUACAAGUCUUGAUUUUUAGAAAAUUAAAUGUAUUUGUGUUUUUAUAUUCAGUCUGGUUCGACAGACCCUGUAUCUCUUGCAUUUACUGCUAACUAAACAAAAAAGGUCACAAACUAUUAUAUACAUAUUGCAAUCAAAUUAUUAUUCGUGUUUAUAAUAAUAAUAAAAAUAUAUACAACUUUUAAAAUCCGAUAUAAAACAGUUGUGAUUAAGUAUUAAUUGGUUAAAAUCGCCAAACAUGUUUCUAGUCGAACCAAAUUCAAGUGAGUAGAUAAAUAACAUUCAAGAUACUUUCAUAAUGGAUACAUUUGUAAUUAUUCUGUUUUAACAUGUCCUAAAUAACUAUUGUGACUAGUUAAUAAUGUAUGUAAUACAGUCGUGGCUUGAUAUGAUAAUCAGGUACCAGGUACGUACAAGAUUUUUUCACAUUCUGCCUAAUACUAUACGUACUAUGUAUGUUUUAAAUGGGAAAUACAUUUUGUUCGUUAUUAUCAACCCAAGGCUGUACGUUAGAUAGUUAUAGUGCAAUUUAUACGUAGGAAGCAAAUAGUUAUUUAUGAAUUGACUUCUACCGUAGAAAAUAUGUAAAUACGGAAGUACGGCCAGUGGGGAGACAGAGACACUCCUCCUUUCGGGCAAACUCGGCUCCGUUCGGCUCAGCAUCGCUCUGAGCAAUUAUUAGGGUUGACACCAUUUGACGUCCUUAUGCGUGCACGACCACAGAUAAGAUAAUCACUUGAAUUUUGACAACCCUAAAUAGCCGAACCGUGGUGACCAGGGUGUCAUACAUCAGCUUAUAAAUUUGAAGCACGAUUUGUUCUUAGAUAUCAUUCUACAAUCAAUUGGUAGGAAGAAACAUUUUCUUGGUCAACAUGAUUUAAUAACUAACAAACACGUUAAUUUUUCAGUUUGAAGUCUGUUCGGAAAGAGAAGAGUCGUGGAAUGUAUUAGGCCCUAUACAUUCCACCACUCUUCUCUUUCCGCACAAACUCUAUAAAAUUAAAAUCCAACUGUCAACCGAGGAUCUUAUCUAUUUUGUUUUAAGUUAAACUCGUGGAGAGUCUAAAAUUAGGUUUACAUUAUGAUAUGAAACGUUUGCUAAGCAUGUAAAUUCGCUGCUUCUCUGAUUGUAUAGAACAAGCGAACAUUAAAGACAUACAGCAUAAUGCAUGUAACAAAAAUUGAGUCGGAAGUUGCACGCCAAUGCUUGAUGUUUUGUCUCUGCAGAGUGAUUCUAUUGAAAUUAAGUUAGGCAUUAAGGUAUAUUGCAUUGAAUGGAAGUAGCUGUCAAGUAAUUUUCAAGAGACUCGUUCUAAAAUAGGGACAGCUAAUGCUGACGUGACGUCAGGUCAUAUGUAUUUUAUGCCUCAAGCAUGACCGCCCAGGUAUAAUCUUUUUAACUGACUUCCUUUUAUUUAAGGUUUAAGAAAUCCACGGACCUACUAUGGAGGAGCAACUAGAAUGCAAAAAGUUCAUGGGCUAUAAAAUGUUGUUGUCUGGUUUCUGACCCCUGUUUGUGUAAUCUAUUGUUUCAAUAUUCUAGAAAACAAUAAAUAAUAGGUACAGUCACCUGCAAUAAUGUUACACAAGGAAGGCAGCAAAAAUAUCCGACACGAUCUUUUGUGUAGGGCCACAAGAGCGUGUCACAUAUUUUGCGGCCUUCGAAGAGUAACAUAUUUAUGCAGAUGACUGUAUCAUCUUAUCUCUUUGUAAUUAAUAUUCAGUAUUAAAAGAAAAACACAUCUAACAGAAAAAACUCCACCUCGUCACAGUUUUUUGGAACAGAAAACAUGUCAAAGCGUAUAAUGUUGAACCCGAUAGAGCAACAGAUGUUUAAUAUUUCAACUAAAAAAAGUAUACCUACUUACCGAACUUGUUAAACGUAUUUAUAUUGUAUCGGGUUUUGUUUAAAUUGAAAUAUUUUAUGUUAAAUAUGCUUAAGUCGAUAUAAGAACUCACCUGUGAGUGAAUCU